CCGGUCCUGGCCAAGGGAGGGAGGGAAUCGGUGGGUGAGGAUGGGCAGCAGCUCGCUGUCGGAGGAUUACCGGCUGUGCCUGGAGCGGGAGCGCCGCCGGGGCCGCGUCGGGGUCUGCGCCGACCCCACGCUGCGGGCCGUGCUCUGGCAGAUCCUGGUGGAGGACUUCGACCUGCACGGGGUGCUGCAGGAUGACGCCCUGGCCCUCUUCACCGACGGGCUGUGGGGCCGGCGGGACCUGGCCCCCGCCCUGAGGAGCCUGGCCAGGGCCUUCGAGGUCCUGGAGCUGGCCGCCCUCAACCUUUACCUCUUCCCCUGGAGGAAGGAGUUCAACACCAUCAAGAUGUUCUCGGGGGGCUACGUGCACUCCCUGAAGGCGGUGCUGUCGGAGGACCUCAUCACCAAGAGCUUCCAGAAGAUGGGCUACAUCCGGAGAGACGACCACCAUUUGGUGGUGGCCUCUCUGCCCGUGGACUACGAGCUGAUUCAAGUGGCUCUGGGCUGCUUUGCCCUAAGGCUGGAGUGCGAGAUCUUGGGGGAGAUCCUGACCAAGCUGGGCACCAGCCUGGUGUCGGCCGAAGAGCUGAUCCAGGAGCGGCGAGCCAGCGUCGACGUAGACUCGUGCGUGGACAAGCUGCAGCGGCGACUGGCCCGGGGGCGGGGCGGGGACCCGUCCCCCGGGAGCUCGGCCGCCUACCCGCCUGGCAUCGACCUGUACCGGGACGCGCUGGUGAGAGAGAGCCCCACCGAGGCGGCCUCGUACGGCGACCUGGCCGGCCUCGAACCCUCUCCCGCGGAACUGCCUUACCGACCCCCGCUCUGGGAGCAGAGUUCCAAACUGUGGGCCGCCGACCCCCCGGCCUCCAGCUCCCGGGAGAUGCGGGGUAACGGGACAAGCUGGGAACCCGCGAGCGGGGACGAGCCGAGCCCGGAGAACCUGGCCUACGGGGACUUCGAGGAUCCCGACGCCGAGACGGCCACCUUUUCCUUCAUCUCCUUGCGGAGGGAGCUGAUCCGGACCGGUGACCUCAGGGCCGCAGACUAUCUGGGCGCCGAGGACUGUGGGCCGGACCCGGGGCGGGCCAAGGCCGGCGGGGGCUACGAGCCCGCCGAAAGAGCCGGGGGGCUCCCCGCUUCUCCUUACGAGGUUGGGGCCGAGCCCCAGAGGUACCAGCUCCACGGCUGCCUGCCCCAGGGUUCCCUGCCCGCCUUCUGCUGCGACACGUGCUGCCAGCUGCACGCCGGCGGCUGUGACGCCAUCAAGAGCUGCCGCCUGGGCCAUCUGGUGCAGGAGCUUCAGAGCGAGAGGCAGCAGCGCCUCUGGCUACAGAGGACGGAGGUGGACUCCAUGCUCUUCGAGGGGUUUCCCAGGGCCGGGGCCCGGCCCUAGGAGGGGGCGGCCGUCCCGGCCUCGAGGCCCGGACGGCGGCGGGGACGGCGCUUAAAUGAGCGUUCUCCCCCGGCUGGGGGAGCGGGGCCCUCCACCUGCUCGUUAGGGGAGCGGUGGGGGCUGACCGCCUUCCUGGUUGGACCCGAGCCCUUCCCCGUGACCCUCAGCCCUCAUCCCUGUAACACGACCAGACGAGGGGCAGAACCAGACGAGGGAAAAGCGAGGGGCGCCGAAGCCGUCGGUACGAGGCUGGGUGGUUCACCGGUGUGGGAGUGCAUCCGAGCCCUUGCGCGUUUGAGCCCCUUCUAGCUCGGCUUCUCUGUACAGCCAAGCCCUUCUCCUCCUCAUCCCUUCCAGAGACAUUCUUUUCCCGAAGCUGGGGCCUGCGGACAGAGUAUCUAUCCGUCGAUCAGUGGUAUUUAUCGAGUGCUUACUGUGUGCAUGGGGGAAGAAGACAAUAGACUUGGUAGACGUGACCCUGCCUCCGGAAGCAUAAAAUCUUAUGGACUCCCCCGCCAAGAUACCUGUGUGGGGGCGAAGCCUCCCAAGGGUGGGGCCAUUUACUGUCUUACACUUCCAUCACUUAGUGGAAAGAGCACAGGCCUGGGAGUCAGAGGACCUGAGUUCUGAUCCUGGCUCCAACCCCUGCCGCUGUG